AUGAACCUAUCCAGCGAUGAUGUGGUGGCCUCUUCAGCUACGACUCCUUUCACGGACUUACCGGCUUCUCCUGACAAGACAAUGACGCAUGGCGAUCCCCCGACCAAACAGCAUAUCUCGAAUACAGGACAACCUCAAGAACUCUUUGAUCGCGCCCUCGAUUUCAUAGCCACUGCCAGCAAUGAAACGAUUAUUGGUGUUUUUGCCCUCCUGGCGUUCGUGACAUACAUCGUGCUGGGCAGAGUGGGCCUGGUGCUCAUCGGAGUUGGACUGGGGGUCGUCCUGCACGCAUCCUGGGAAGGCGCAAUUCAGUCAAGAUCUAGCGAGGAAUCCUCAACACCCAAGAAGCGGAGGGAACUGGCGCUAGAAGUAUCUCAGAGACUCUUGGACUGGCCCAAACGCGCCGCCUCGGGUGAGAUUGCCUCCCACAAUGACAACGGCACGAUCGCGACACCGGAAGAUCUAUCGACGGCCGAUCUGGAGUUUACAACUUUUCAGCCUGCGACCGCCGCUGCCCUACGAUCGCUCACGGAUGCAGCAGUGAAGGACUAUGUCAAGUAUUGGUAUGAACCAAUUCUUCCGAACGAAACCAUAUUCCCAGGCUCCUGCCGGAGAACCUUGACCUACUUUGUCACAACUAUCUCGUCCCAUCUUUCGCACAAAAGAACGGAGGAUACAUUUCUACAGUUCCUGACAAACUCCUCAUCUAUAAUCAUUGUGUUCUUGAACGAAUUGGCGGCUGCGUUUACCGCUGCUGACCCUUCGUCCACGGAGGCGUCGCAGGUUGUUGAGCAGUACCUCAAGAAUUCCCCGGACAGUAGCCUUGCAAAUGUCCUAUCCGAGGAGCAACAACGUAAAAAGCUCAACAUGGUUGCGGACGACAUUCUUUCGAAUUUUCUGGAUGCAAAGGCGUAUAGUUGCUCCCCUGUACGGGAUUUUCUUCGAGAAGUCUUUGCCCGGCUUGUAUUAGAAUCGACGGUCACCAGCCUCUCUCGCCCCGAGUUCAUUAACGACUGGAUCAUCUAUCUUCUUCAGGAUGGAGAGUCUGAAAUUAUGCAUGCAAUCGAUGCGGGCGUCGAGGGUGCACGCAAUCAGAAUGUUAGCGCUGCAAAGGUGUCCGAGGACUCGAAGAACGCUCUUUUAGAGUCGACCAAAGAAGAGGUGGCUUCGCAGACCGCUGAGCUGCCUUCAAGCACCAAAGACAAAGCAACGGAAGAAGCUUUGUUGGAGGCAAAGCGGUUGAGUGUUCUAAUCGCAUCUCAAGAUCUCCAGAACUCGCCCAAUGGACCGACCACCGAGGCAGUUCAAUUCCAAGAACCAUCAAUAUAUGCAGAGGAGACGAAUGUCCCAAUGAAUGGGCUUACGGGUGAUCCUACAGAGCCUGCAGUAGCUCAAGAACCUCCAGCGUCGGUUCCGGUGUCCACAGCUGCACAGACAACGGGCCAGACCCCGUCUUCGCCUCGAGAGGACGCUGCAUCACCGGCGGUCACGCUUCAUGGGGCCAGAGUCUUGAUCGACGAUGAUGGUGCCCGCAGCGAGAAAGGAACCAUCAAAUCACGGCCUACGUGGGAUUACCUGCUCCAGAUCGAACCAGCGUCAACUCGUGCCACGGGUUGGAUGGUUUUCCGAAAAUAUGCAGACUUCCAAUCUCUCCAUGAAAUGCUCUCGACUGUUUCCCGACUGAACCGAAUUCAGAGUUUCUCCGACCAGUUCCCCACACUGCCCCCUUGGAAAGGCCGGACAAGACAAGCUCUUGCUCAAGAUCUGGAGCGUUAUUUGCAAGAAGCAAUGAAGCACGAAUCGCUUGCCGAAACUGAACGAAUGCGACGAUUCGUCGAGAAAGAAACGAGCUCUACCGAUACAGGCUCUACCAAACAAGGAUUCUCCUUCCCGAGUCAGAGUGCCUUUGAGAAUAUGGGUAAAGAUCUGCUCGGAGCUUUGACUAAUGCCCCCAAAGGCAUGGCUGGAGGCGGUCGAGCGGUCCUUGACGGCGUCACUGGUGUCUUUGGAGGUGCUGGCCAUAAUAGGAAGCUCUCGAGCAUGUCAGACCGGCAGUCUCAGCAUCGGAAGAGUCCAUCGAAAGUCAGUCAUGAUGUUCCCAGCAGUCCGGGCUCGGUCAUUUCUACAAGCCUUGUCAGUUCUCCACUGAUAGGCUCGAACCUGGGCGACUCGUCAAUGUCUCCAAGACCUAGCGAAGAACGAGAUUCUACUGCACGAGCCUCCUCUCCCAGUACCGCAUCGGUCGGGCUAGGACUAUCGAAGGAAGGCGUCGACAACUCUCCUGACAGCAGUGAUUUAGGCAGCGGUGCCAAUCUGGCAAACGGCGAAGAAGAUGCGUCGGCCUCAGACUCAAGAACUUCUCCACCGUCUGAAGACCGAAAGUCAGUUGACGAUGUGGAAGUGCCAGAGACAAAGGAGAAUUCUGUCACGACCUCGCCCGAACCCGCGUUCGAGAGUGAGCCCUCCAGUGACUCCCAAAUCGCUUCCCAAGGAACUCGCCGAAAAAAGAUGCCCAUCACUGCAGAUGAGACCCAGAUUGCGGUAGAGCUUAUAUUCGCCGUGAUCAACGAGCUCUACACACUGUCAUCAGCCUGGAAUAUUCGUCGAACUCUCUUGAACGCGGCCAAGACGUAUAUCCUGCGUCCUGGAAGCCCAACGUUGGAGACGAUCCGGGGCUUGCUACAGGAAUCUAUGAUUGAGGCUCAUACAUCGGACGAUGCUCUUGGGGAGUAUCUGAAGAAGCUCCGGGAGAAUGCUCUCCCCACGGAGGAUGAGCUAACGGCCUGGCCUGCUCCACCCAGCGAGGAAGAAAAGGCACAGUUACGGGAUACCGCGCGCCGACUGUUCGUUCAGAGGGGCAUUCCACAGGCACUCACAAGUGUCAUGGGUGCAGCGGCUAGUCGGGAAGCUCUUGAAAAGAUAUUCGAUAGCUUGCAAGUGGAGACCGUAGCCCGGGGAUUUGUCUUCUCGUUGAUGCUACAGGGUUUACGAGUCUUGACAUUAUAA